AUGAAGGGGUUAAUCUCAGUUUGUCUAGUGUUCACAGGUCUGGCAGUUAUUGGUGAAUGUAGAAAUAUAGAAGGUGCGUGUCCACCAUCAAGUGGUUUAGCUGGUAUUUGUGUAUUUAGACCAGGUAUAAACUGUAUUAGUGAUUCGGAAUGUGGAACAGGUAAGAAGUGCUGUUCAGAAGGAUGCGGUCGAGUAUGUAAAACAACUGUUCAACAAAUGCACAAAGGUCAAUGCCCGGUUACUGAGCCUAUUUUCACCACCUGUCAAUUUGUACCAGGAGUUAACUGUAUCUACGACUCUGAAUGUUCAUCUAAUGAGAAAUGUUGCAGUCAUGGAUGUGGAAAAAUCUGCAAAGUCUCUGUUUAA